UGAGGAAUCCCGUUCUUUCGGGCAUGCGCUGUGAAGAGGCCAGCUUUCUGUGACUGGUUGGGAUAGCGUGUUGAGGCCAGCAUAACCACUGAGACUUUUCCCAAGUAGUGUCCUUUUCAUCCUCGGACAUAAUGGCGACCACUACGGUUCAGAUACAGCGCCGGUCAGCUCAGGAACCUUGGGGAUUCCGACUUCAGGGGGGGAGCGAUUACCGGAUGGCGUUGUGUAUUAAAAAGGUCGAACCAGGGUCACCGAGUCAAGGUCAUCUGACCCCCGGUGACAUCAUCCUCGGUAUCGGAGGGAGAACCUCUCAGGGCCUCACACACGCUCAGGCUCAGAACAUGAUCAAAGGGUCGGGCAACGCACUCAUGCUUAAUUUACAAAGGGGUGGUGAGAAUUUCGACCACAUCAAACCGAAAGGGCCUAUCAAGUUUUCACCCUGGAAACAACACUAGCAUUCGCACUGCGAAGACGUUUUGAACAACGACUUCCAUUUACGAAGUCAGUGUGUCACGUGACAGUGAAGGUGAAAUGUCAAGGUCACGCGCUAUUUCACCUUUCACGGCAUGAAACUUUCCAUGCUGUUCUGCUUUCAGUACAAGGAGGUUUUACAUUGGAUCAGAAGCGGAUAUUCUCAUGCAUUUUCACCAUUUCCAUAGACAGGCUGCUCCGUGAAGGCGAUGAAAAUUUCAAGGCUGGGAGGAGUUAGUGUUGAUUGGAUAGUCGUGAUCACGUGGCUAAAUGUCAUGUGCCUCCGGAUUGUAUGGUAGAUUAGCUUCCUUAAAACGAACCCUACAGGUCUGCGAUUAAAAAAUCUUCUUUAUUAUGGAAUGAUGCAGUUUUGAAUGAAUUUACAGGCAGGAAGUAAAAUGUCAAACUUCCUUAUAUGGAUAUUGUAUUAUCACGUGAUCUAUCCCGAUUUCAGGCUUGAAUUGUGACUGACACCACUUUCAUCUAUGCAUUUAUCCUAUGCAAAGGUUAUUUCUUGCAAGUCCUAUUUUUUGUAGACACGAUAUUCUAAUUGCAAGUCGAAAUAUAAAUGAAAAUUCAGAGCAAGAUUUAUGUUAGAUAAUGAUUUAGGUGAUAUGGAAUUUUAAUUCACAAACUCAAAAAGAAGCGCCAUAUUAGGUGAUAGACAUUUUAUUGGAAACUGUCUAUAUUGUUUUAUUGUACUUAUUAUUCAUAACAUCGUGAAUUAUCACAAGUAACACUUAUUUAUGUGAUACUGUAUCUCAAGGAGUGUUUAUUGCUCACAGCGUUCUGUUUAUUAACAUCACGAGUAUAUUACUGUCGAAAUUAAGAUUUUAAUUCUAAGAAACCUGAAUAUAUCUUAAUGUAAAUGAACAAUUUCAAAGCCAUUGGAAUCAGUACGUAUUAUAUUGUAUUGAGCAAUAGAAGUUUUUAAUUCCUGCUGUAUGUCUCUUUUCGUUUUUCUUCUUAAAAUUGUUAAAUGUAUGGUCUAUAUAAGUUGAAGUUUACAUAGGUAUUUUGUACAUUUAUUGUUUUACGGUUUAUCUCAAACACUAGUGAUUUUGCUGAAGUUAUGUAUUGUACUGUGUCAGAAAUCGUUGCCCGUUUCAUAUAAAUUUUUAUUAUGUUUAUACUUUUCAUAAUGUCAUGCUAACAUUUGCUGGUUUAGAAUUUAAAUGGUGAUUAUCUAUCACAAAUAGUGAUUUUUUUUUUGUAAAUGUGUAUAUAUUUAAACGAUUGAGGUGUCUCUGCCCAAUUUUUCCACACUCGAAAGAAAUCAUAAAUAUGAAAUUUUGGAUUUUUUAAUGACAGUUCCAAUCGUAAACUGGAAAAACAGAAAUGAUAUUGAACAGUGAUAAUUUAUUUUAACGCCCCCAAGACGGUCCUUAAUAGAUGUAAAGAAUUAUAAUAAUGUAAACUGCAUAUCUACGAAUGUGUAUUUCCGUGUUGACAGCCUUGUCAUGGCGGUUGUAGAGUACAUAGGCCGUGUGUGCAAUGUAUGAUAGAUGUAUAUAUCGUCAGCAAGGUGUGUACAUUUCGAGUGCAUUAUGUUAAUAGUUGCGAGACGGUCCCUAGUUGACCAGUGGAUAGUUUCAGAACCCCGCGUCGCCCUUCAGCCUCCGUCCAUUGUCCUACAUGUAUUAAAAUAUUUUUUUCAUUUUAA